AUGGAACCAGUUAAAGCAUAUGCUGAAGAAACAAAACGAUGGAUUAUUUUACCAUUGCACGGUGCAUUAUCUGCAUCACAUCAAGAGAAAGUUUUUCAUGUUGCUUCAAACUGUGUACGUAAAUGUAUUUUAUCAACAAAUAUCACUGAAACCGCUCUAACUAUAGACGGAAUAAGUUUACCUUCUUGUAAUCUUCAUGGACCCAUUUCUAACGUUACAAACCUGUUGGCUGAACUUUCAUCAAAAUGGCAGAAAAAAUCUGUUGAGGACAAUGAUGGCAUUUAUUGUCGUGCAAAGUAUCAACAAGGAACGACUUACGUUCAGUUUUAG